UACGUUGCCUAUAGUAACUAUACAGCGUCCUGAAAGCUUUAUAGGAGUUCGCUUGGACAAGAAAAACGAGUGGUCCGAGGGGUUCCUGCCUGAAUUUAAAAAGUUAAAGCGGUGGCUAUAACACUUGGUUGUACAGAAGAACAUGGAAUCUAAUAUAUCCACAGUUGAAGCAGAAUAUAUAAAAAAUCUUCAACAACAAAUAUAUUUCCUUGAAAUGGAGGCCAGUUUCCUAUAUCCUUUUCUAGCUACCGACCAAAAAAGCCACGGAUCUUCAACCCAGGCUCACAUCUGAGACAGAGCACAUGUUCAAGAAACUGCAGGAGCUUCACUCUCAGUGUCAUAGUCUUAAACUGGAGGUGAAAAGAAAAGAUGCAAAUUUACUAAUUUUGCAAAGAGAUUAUGACCAUGUAAGAGCCCAGGUCAGAAAUUCAGAAGAAGGCCAUUCUAAGGAAAAAGAACAGCUGGUUGGAGAGAUUGUUCAGCAAAAGAAACUGAAAGAUCUUUUGGACCUGCAGAUAUCACAAAAGGAGAGGGAUAUACUACACAACCAGCAGGAACUAGAACGGGAGUUGCUCAGCUCAACUGAUAUGGAACAGAGAGCACAUGCUUUGCUGUCGCAGAUACAGCAGAGAUCAAAACAACAGAAAUCAAUAGAGAAUCUGCUAUCAGAAAAGAGAACACAGCUGCUAAAAGUGAAUUCAGCUAUGCAUGAAAAGGAGGAAAUGUUGCUUAAACACACUGCAGAAACACAGCAUCGAAUCACUCUCGAUCUAAGGAGUGAAAUAAGUUUUCUUCACCAGCAAGUACGUGAAAAAGAGCUUCUGUCUGAGCAAGAUUUCUUACUGAGAAGCAAAAUGAUGAGUGAUUGUUCUUCCUUGGAAGCUGAAAACAAUGCACUGCUGUCCAAGCUGCAUGAAAUAAAUAAACAACUGGAAAUUCAAAGAACACUUAAAGAAGAGGAUUAUACCCAUGGUUCUUCCAGUUUUGCUCAGCUUCUUAGUGUAAAGGAUAAAGAAGAACAGCUAGACAGAGAGGUCAAACAGCAGAAAGAACUUUUGAAGUUAGAGAAGGACAAUUUCAAGUAUAUUAUGGAUCAGCUGUCCAUGCUCCAGAGUGGAAAUACACUUCAUAGCUUUACUGUUGCAUCGAUUAGUAGUGAGAUUGAUGAGCUGAAAGCCAUGCUUACCAAAGAAGAGCAAAUUAAUCUGGAACUAAGAAAAGACAAGACUUUACUGGUUGAUCAUAUUUCCAGUUUACAAACUCAGAUUGCAGAUAAAGAUGCUGAACUACAUCGCAUUUUUUCACGAAUAGAGGAGAUCGAAAAUGGCAUGAAAACUCUAAAGUUUGAGCAAGAACUGCACAGAUCAAUGCAAUCAACAAAAUGGAAAGAGAUCUCGGAUAUGGCUGGUUCUAUGAAAUCUCUGUCCAGGUCCUUAGCUGAGCCAUCAGUUUGUGUUGGAAAACAUUAACACCUGUGUAAUAGCGAUGAUCCUAACCCAUUAUCUUUAAUUCAGAUAAAUAACGCAUCCUGCAUAAAAAAUGGGAGUGAAUCCAAAACCCAAACCGUAAUCAGCAUGUUUUUUGAGCAAAAUCCAAAACAUUUUAUUUGAAAAAAAAUAUUGUUGCCUUUGGUUUUGCCAGUUUAGAUUUAUAACAAAUAAACAUGUAUAUAUGUUGUUCAUGUGUUGUAUACUGUAUAUAUAAACAUACACAUUCUGGGUGU